UUUUUGGUCUGAAGAAAGAGGCGAAGUUGCCAGCUGAGAAAAAUGGCAGCGUAACGCAGAGACUGAGUGAGGGAGUCUGGUAGAAGAGAGCGUCCAUCGCGAUUUUCGAUGAGGAAGGAAACACCGAGAAGAACCCAAAAGCCAGAAGAAGAAUUGCAGACACCAAACCUUCUCCUCCACCCAAUCUCUUCGUCUUCAGCUCCAAUUCUUCCUCCUGGCUCCGUACGCGAGGAGCAGCAGCGGCAGCGGUAACAUGUGCCGGCAGGAGGCGCGGGUGCGGAUGUCGGCGGAGGAAGAAAUUGCGGCGGAGGAAAGCCUCUCUGUCUAUUGCAAGCCUGUUGAGUUCUACAACAUUCUCCAACGCCGCGCUAUUAGAAAUCCGGCGUUUCUUCAAAGAUGUUUGAGCUACAAAAUAGAGGCCAAGCACAGAAGGAGGAUACAAAUGACGGUUUCCAUUUCGAUGUAUGAGAAGGAAGGUGUACAAACCCAUAAUCUCUUUCCUUUGUAUGUUUUGGCCAGACUAGUUCCUGAUGUUGCGGUUCCAGAGUAUUCUGCUACAUAUCGAUUCAGUCGAGCUUGCAUGUUAAGCAAUUCCACUGGGGUUGAUGGGAGUAGUCAACUUCAAGCACAUUUUAUUCUGCCUGACAUUAAUAAGCUAACACUGGAGGCUAAAUCUGGCUCACUUGCAAUCUUGCUCGUCAGCUUUGUGGGAGCACAAAAUCCAUUUCGUGGAAUCAAUUUAUCCAAGGGUCCUGUGGAUAUGUCUUCUUUCCCUUCAAAUGCAGGAGGAUAUUGUCUAUGGAGCAAGAUACCACUUGAAUUACUUUAUAUCUCUUGGGAGAAUUCUCCUAAUUUUGGUUUGGGACAGAGAGCUGAGAUGAUUUCAACAACUGACAUGCGCUCUUGCUUCUUGAAGUUGAGCUGUUUAAAUGAGAACAAGUGCCUUAUGAUUGCAACUCCCCAUAAUCCAGAAACUGUUGUCAUUUCUCAGCUAGUGCAGGUCACCAUUUCUGCAGAGGAAUUUGGUGCUAGGGAAAAAUCACCUUAUAGCACUUACAUAUGUAGUGACAUUCCUUCUUCAUCAUUGCCUCAUAUCAUUCGGUUAAGGGCAGGAAAUGUGAUUUUUAAUUAUAGAUACUACAACAAUACAUUGCAACGGACAGAAGUAACCGAAGAUUUUUCUUGUCCAUUUUGCUUGGUUAGUUGUGCAAGCUUCAAGGGUCUGAGACAUCAUUUGUUCUCAUCACAUGAUCUCUUCAACUUUGAAUUUUGGGUAACCGAAGAGUAUCAAGCUGUAAAUGUGUCUGUGAAAACUAAUUAUUGGGGAUCUGAGAUUGUUGCUGAUGGUGUUGAUCCUAAGCAACAAGUAUUCUCCUUUUGCUCAAAGCCACUAAGACGCAGAAGACCCAAGAGCCUAUAUCAAAAUGCAAAGCACGUACAUCCUCACGUCUUAGAGUCUGACUUUCCUUCUGGACUUUGUGAGCUUUUGGACAAGGCCGAUGAUGCUCAUUCUAGUAGAGGUGAUAAGGCUAGAAUAUCAGGGUUUUCAAGCUCCAUGCUACCGUCAUAUGGUGAUCCUGGUUGCGUUCAGUCAGUAUCGGGAAACAAUUUUGCACCUCCAACGCUUCCAUUUGCAAAGACAAGAAAGUUAUCUGUUGAGCGCCCAGACCCUAGAAACUGUGCCCUCCUGCGGAAGAGAAAGUUCUUUCACUCCCAUAGGGCCCAGCCGAUGAUGUUGGAACAAGUUUUGUCAGAUCAGAAUAGUGAGGAUGAGGUUGAUGAUGAUGUUGCUGAUCUUGAAGACCGAAGGAUGCUUGAUGAUUUUGUUGAUGUGACUAAAGAUGAGAAGCAAAUGAUGCAUAUGUGGAACUCCUUCGUGAGGAAGCAACAGGUAUUGGCCGACGGUCAUAUUCCUUGGGCAUGUGAGGCAUUUUCGAGAUUGCACGAGCAUGAUCUUGUCAAAUCCCCUGCUCUGAUAUGGUGUUGGAGAUUAUUUAUGAUCAAAUUGUGGAAUCAUGGUCUCCUUGAUGCACGCACCAUGAACAACUGUAACAUUAUUCUUGAACAAUGUCAAAGCCUGGCUUCGGAACCCCAAAGUUAAAAGAGAUUGUUUUGUUCAUCAGAGUCGGGCAUCUUCUUACUGCUGUGCUGAUCUUGGUGCCUGCAUUUUGUACGAUGUGUUCUUAUUUCGUAGUUUACUUUCUCUAUGCUUAUUGUCUUGCUGUAAUCAGAGCCGUAUGCGAUUUUCCAGAUGAAUGUAGAACUGUACUAUAAUCCAUGUAUCUACCAGAGAAAAUAUGUAAGUAGAAACUAUGGGCAAAUAAAUUCCAAUCAAUUUCUUAUAAAAAUAAUUCACCUUCUUUCUUU